GCUGGUUUCAACCCAGAAAAAAAAAUCUGGAAAAAGAGUAUUGUCAUUGUCGUUGAGUUGAAAGAGAGCAACGACUAGGAAACGGAGAAAGGAAAAAAAAAAUGCUGUAUGUGAGCGGCGAAGCGAUGCCUCCGACGCUCCUCCUCCGUCUCCGUCCACUUACUCUCACAGUGAUAGUGUUCGAGCUGCCGCUGCUGCUGCUGCUGCUGCUGAGCUCUUCUAGGGUUAGUGGUGGUGCAGCUGUUGCCAUUGGAGUGAACUGGGGCACCGCCUCUUCCCACCCGCUGCCACCUCCCCAAGUGGUGCAGCUCCUCAAGUCCAACCGCAUUUCUAAGGUCAGGCUGUUCGACCCAAACCCUUCCAUGCUCCAGGCUCUCUCCGGCUCUGACAUCCAUGUUGCCCUUGGCGUCCCCAAUGAUAUGCUCCGCAGCUUCAACUCUUCCCGCACCGCCGCUGAGGCCUGGGUUCACGACAACGUCACCCGCUACUUCUCCGCUGCUCCCGGAGUUCGAAUCGAGUAUAUUGCUGUAGGCGAUGAAUCCUUCCUCUUGGCUCACGAAGAUCAAUUCCAUCCAUUUGUUGUCGGAGCAGCCACUAACAUCCAGGCAGCUCUAACAAAAGCAAACCUGGGAAGCAAGGUCAAAGUCGUGGUGCCUUGCAGCUUUGAUAGUUUGGAGUCAGAGUCAGGCCUCCCUUCGAAAGGUCAUUUCAGGCCGGCCGUGAACAGAACAAUGAUCCAACUCCUCACAUUCUUGAGUGAGCAUCACUCACCUUUCUUUGCGACCAUCUCACCAUAUCAGAGUCUUCUCCAGAAUAAGAAUACUUCCCUUAACUUUGCACUCUUCAGAGCAGCUGCACGACCACAUAACGAUGGUCACAGAAAUUACAAGAACAGCUUUGACUUAAGCUAUGACACCUUAGUUACAGCAUUGUACAGUUCUGGCUUCCCUGGGAUGGAAAUUGUCAUUGCCGAGAUUGGUUGGCCCACGGAUGGAGCAGCUGAUGCUACCUCACUCCUUGCGGAGGAAUUCAUGAAAGGCUUGCUGGAUCAUCUGCAGAGCAAAUCAGGCACACCACUCAGGCCUCGACAUCCACCAUUGGAAACUUACUUGUUUAGCCUAUUAGAUGAAGACCAAAGAAAUGUGUCCUCUGGAAACUUUGAGAGACACUGGGGCAUCUUCACUUUUGAUGGCCAAGCCAAGUACCAGGUUGAUUUGGGCCAGGAUUCUAGAAAAUUAGCAAAUGCUCAGAGUGUCGAAUACCUUCCUUCAGAAUGGUGUGUUAUGAACAACAACAAAGAUUUGUCCAAUGCAACUGCUGAAGCUCUGGAGGCUUGUCUUGUUGCUGACUGCACGGCAUUGUCUCCUGGUGGCUCUUGUUUUAACUUGAGUUGGCCGGCAAAUAUGUCAUAUGCAUUCAAUAGUUACUACCAGCAGCAUGAUCAGAGGGCUGACCACUGUUACUUUGGGGGAUUGGGUUUGAUCACUACUGUUGAUCCGUCUACAGAGACUUGCAGGUUCUCUAUUGGACUGCGCACUUCACUCUCUGUGUCCCUUCCCUUUGGUUUUUCUUCCCAGUUGAUGACUUUUCUUCUCACAAGUAUUCUGGUUGUUUUCUCGCCAUGACAUGCUUUAAGAGUUUGAGAGUUAAUUGGUACGAGUGGCACCUACAUGGCACUUCAAUUAAUGUCAGGUAUGUUGCUUUCAGUGAACUCAGGUCUCCAUUUUUUGGCCUUCUGAACCAAAGAUGAAAACUGAUGUCAGAGGUUUUAGUUUCUUCUGAUGCUCAAUCAGCUUGUGGAAUUAACGAGCCAUAUGUAGUGAGUGGUAGGUAUUUCAAAGUUCUUAACAUCCUUCAAAA